GCAACUUGUUGCCCUCGUCGUCAUACUACUACCAGAUACUUUUCUUUUGCCCAUGGACAUCUGGCGCACACGAGAGAACACGCCCACGAAUCGGCCGCUGUUGGGCUGACUCGCCCGACCAAGUUAGCCGGUUUACCCGUUGCCUCAAAAGCCCGCCAAUCGUGGGCGCGUGACUACCGACCCACGCUUCCCAUGUCUCCUUUCGAUGCGCCCCAUGACGAGCUCAAAUCGACCGACGGACUGUUGGCAAACUGUUGGCUGCUUGUCAAGCAUCUUUGUAUACCCACCGACUGGCAGAUCUCAACACACAAAGGCACAUCAAGCCAUGCUUGUCCCUUUCCGGUCUCAUUCAGUUUUUCCCUCUCAAUCGUCAAUGUUUCUCUCGAAAAACACGGCCAGAUCGCGGUCGUAGCUUUUGCUCGUGCUUUUUCUUUCUUUGGCAUGGUAACCUUUCAUACCAAUCUACCACGACAGUCCUUGACUCUUGUACUCCCCGUUUAG